CUUUGAGACUUGCUGCUGAAGUACAUUGCACAAGUCUUCACAGGCUUGUGCUAAAUUCAGUUUCAAAAAAAAAAAAAAAGUUCAUGUCAUUUCUAUCUAUAAUAAAGUGAAACAUAAAACAACCCCUCAUGUUUUUUCCACUUUCUCAUUCAUGUUUAGUGGUACAUGGUUCCUUUUAUAUAAUGGUGUCAAAAUCUUGAAAAGUUUAUAAAACUAUCAUCAACUGUUUCUGUUUUCCCAGUUUCUUUCAAGUAUUGUGAAAGUUUGUUGAGAAAAAAAAGAGUAAAAAAGACAUGAUCUUGGUUGGUUCUUUGUUUAUAAUGGUGUCAAAAUCUUGAAAAAGAAAAUUAAAAAAACAUCUUCUUGGUUGUUGUUUUUUUGUUGACAUUUUGAGUUCUUUGUCUACAAUGGUGUCAAAAUCUUGAUAAGUAAAAAAAACAUAGUCUUGAUUGGUUUUUUGACAUUUUGAGUUCUUUGUUUAUAAUGGUGUCAAAAUCUUGAUAAGUAAAGAAACAUAAUCUUGGUUGUUUUUUUGACACUUUUAGUUCUUUGUGUAUAAUGGUAUCAAAAUCUUGAAAAGGAAGAACAAAAAAACAUGAUCUUGGUUUGGUUUUUUUGACAUUUUGAGAUCUUUGUUUAUAAUGGUGUCAAAAUCUUGAAAAGUAAAAAGACAUAAUCUUGGUUGGUGUUUUGACAUUUUGAGUUCUUUGUUUGUAAUGGUGUCAAAAUCUUGAAAAGAUAAAGAGUAACAAGAGAUGGUCUUGGUUGUUUUUUUGACAUUUUGAGUUCUUUGUUUAUAAUGGUGUCAAAAUCUUGAAAAGAUAAAAAGAGUAAAAAGUAACAUUUUAGUUCUUGUUUUUGGUAAUUCUUAAUGGUUUCAAAAUCUUGAAAAGCUCAUAAAAUUUCCAAUUUCUUUUAAGUAUUGUAAAGUUACUCGAAAAAAGAGUAAAAAGAAAUGAUCGUGGUUGGUUUUUGACAUUUUGAGUUCUUUGUUUAUAAUGUGCCAAAAUGUUGAUUUUAAUUGUUUUUUUUUUGACAUUUUUAGUUCUUGGUUAUUAUAUGGUGUCAAAUUCUUGAAAUGCUCAUAAAACUAGCAUAACUUCAUCCCAAUUUCAAGACUUGAUCUUGGUUGGUUUUUGAACAUUUUUAGUUCUUGGUUUGGUAAUUAUAAUACCAUAUGUUAGUUGGUUUUUGACCCUUUUUGGGUUUUGGGGUUUUGGGAUUUUGGUUUUAAAAAAAAAAAAGGAGAAUGGGAGAAGUAGAGGGGUGGGGUUGGGCACAAUCACCAAGUGGAUCACCAAUGUACAUAACAAAAGAUGAUCAUUGGACUCAUUUUGACAAUUCUGUUAAUGCUGUUUCUUUUGGUUUUGUUGCUACUGCCAUUCUUAUAUCUAUGUUCCUUGUCAUGGCCAUUUUUGAGAGGUUUCUCAGACCUAAUUCACCUGCUUUUUCGCCUUCCGGUGGCCGGAAUCUCAGUGACAUUGAGUCUCAGAUGAGCUUCAAUGGAAAACUUGGUGGUCAAACUCCCAAAGUGUCGAUGAGAGCACGAGAAGUUUCUGUGUUGAUGCCAGGAGAAGACGUCCCUACUUUCCUCGCCAAUCCUGCUCCCGUACCAUGUCCUCCUGAACGCGAUCCAUGGCCUCUUCAUCAAUAGAAUUCCUUACCCGGUUUCUUGAACUCCGACUCAAAUCCACAAUCCUAGUUAGCUCAAUAUAUGUACAUAGCUUUUACAGGCAUUGAAUUUCUAGCUCAAUUGGUGGCCUCUAUAUAAAUGAAUAUCGCGUUAUAUAGAGUAAGUUGUUCGUUAAGUCAUGCACAACAAUAUUAUGUUUUGGUAUGUUUUUCUUUGUCAUCUGA